GAAGAUAAGCUAAAUCCAUCCACUCGCUUCUCUUAGCUGCUGCCACAGCCAAAAGAACCAGAAGAAUGGACGCCAAGCUCCUCCAUUCUCUCGCCACGUUACCACCCACCCUCGCCGCCGAGAAAUCUUCAACCACAGUGAGGUAUCAGAUAUUUUCUCCAACCAUCUGUCGGCGACCUCUCAAAAUCACUCCCAUUUUCAGCAAAACAACCACCAGCAACGGCACCGACCCCGACAGCAUUAGCAACAGCGCGCCACAGUCACCACCGGUGACACCGCCGGAGACUGUGGAAAUUCGGUUUCGGAGAAGGUCGAGAGGGCGUUCGAGGAAGCAGAGGGAGGACGGCAAUGGCGACGGACGGGUCACGAAGGCAAAAAGCGCUGCUGCUGCUCCUCCCGUCAAGAGGAAAUGGGAGGACAUGAGCGUUGCGGAGAAGGCCGUAGAGGUUUACAUGGGAGAGAAGGGACUGCUGUUUUGGCUGAACAAGUUUGCUUACGCUUCCAUCUUCAUCAUGAUCGGUGCUUGGAUAUUAUUCCGGUUUGUGGGGCCCGCGCUCAAUCUGUACCAGCUUGAUUCUGCUCCUCUCUCCCCAUCUUCCAUUUUCAAGGGUUCCUGAUCAUCAUCGUUCACAUAAUUCCCCGCACGAUUUCUAUAGGCCUUAGAAUCCAAUCCUUUAAAACCCAAACCAUAUAUUUUAUCUUUCUACUUAAACUGAAACAUGUUUUAUGCUUUUGGAAUCUCUUACUUCCAGAGAUUUUUGUAGCUCUCGGGAUCUGAUUAUAUUUGAAGUUAAUUAUCUGCUGUUAUCAUUA